AUGUCCCUAGAGUUUCUUCACCAAGCGCUUUUGAAAAGCCAAACUCAAGAUCAAUAUCUUAUUUUCACGUCUGUCCCCACGGGGCAAUUUGCCAAAUUAAGUGAUGAUUGGUCUUCCGUAAGCAAGUAUUGUCGAUUCACCUUCAAUGCAGAAACGGGAAUCUUGAUAGCGAAAGUCAUACCGAGUCCCGCACACGAGCUUGCUAUAAGAUCGUUCGAUUUUCUGGUAUCCCUAGAGCUGCAUGCGGUGAAUGUAUACAGUGAGAUGAGACCUCUGGGUUCUUCAACCGUUACAGUCGGUCAAUGGAAGAAGGAGCCAGAUUGUUGUUGGGCUCCUGCUUCAGCGGGCACAAACCUGACCUUUGUUGUUGAAAUAGGCCGUCGGCAAAGGAAGUCUCCAGAUUACUUGAUGAAUGGAGAAUGA